AUGAGCCAAAUCGUCAUUUUUAUCCUGUAUGCAGGCUUCCUAGUCGUCUUGGAACGGACGUACCAAUUCUCCCCGUACCAAGUGGGGUUGGCAUUCUUGCCUUUCUUGGUUGGGACAUUGCUCGCAGCCCCGGUCCUAUCCAUGGUGGACAGGCGCAAGCGCCGUCUGGCUCGCUCAGUUCCCGAGGACAAUCUCCCCGGGGCCAUGCUGGCAGCGAUAUUGCUGCCAAUCAGCCUUCUCUGGCUGGGUUGGACCGCUCGUCCAACGAUCCAUUGGAUUUUCCCCCAUCUUGCAGGUAUCCCGUACGGACUUGGGUUUGCCCUGUCCGAGCUUUCUUACCCGUUGUAUAAGAAUGAAGUUUACGGUGCCGAGCUUGGAGCCUCCGCACUGGCCGUUGACGUAGCUAUACGAUACCUUUUCUCGUCCGUUUUUCCAUUGUUCACUAACGAUCUCAUCGACGGUAUCGGAUUCAACUGGACCAUGGCGUCCUGUGCGAUCGCCAUGAUGGUGCUCACGCCCGUCCCGUGGUUGCUGCAGAAGUUUGGUGCUGCACUACAGAGCCAAAGCCGAUAUGCUAAGAACUUCCCCGUUGCGGGUGAACGGCAUGAAGGGUCGCGAAAACCUACGGGAAACAAUGAUGGGAGCGCUCAGUCCGCUCCUUGUUCUCCUGUAUGA